AUGGAGCGCCUCUCAUCUGCAUCAGCAAGAUCUGAUGUCUGGCUGGAGCCAACCAUGGCAAUGGUCAAUGGCGAUACCCAAGGUUACAUAGACGCAAAGUCUGCAUGCGAGGCAGGCUAUCUUAACUCGAAAGCUGCCAUGGCUGACGAUGUCUUGCCGAUGAGAGCGCCGACUAGUCGGCUACUUCACGGUGUCAGGAAGUGGGAGAACAGGCCGGAGCGGGACCAAAGAAUGAGCCCGAAGAAGGUAGCAGAGGUCGUUGAAACCCUGUCUCCGGAGUGGUACAAGGCUCUGGCGGAUGAGUUAAAACCAAGUAACAUGAUUCCAGAUCUCGAUUGCACCAAGAACCUGGAGAAUUUCCUCUUUAUAAUGAAGCUGUUGAAGACGGCAAAGUCGUAA